GCUUCUAGAAAACAGCAGGGCCACACCCAGGAGAAAUCGUGUCCUUAUGCUUUAUAAUCUGCAGUGCAAGCGGAUUGUGCUUCACAGAAUUUCCCCUUCAACAUUGUCAAUGUUAAGUGCAAAGCAUAAGACUAACCAACCUUUUUGCUAAACAAUAUUUGCCCAUUACGUUCCAUAAAAUUACCAAAUAUUUGAGCGUUGAUUUUUGUUUUCAGUAAAGCUCUUGACUGGCAAUUUCCGUACGGAAGGAACUGGCCUAUGAGUGAAACGAUCCAAACCUCUCACUUUAACACAAUGUCGAGGCAGCUCAAACGGUCCUUGAGGCCUUUAGUGUACGGGUGUUAGAAUCUGUUUCAGGGGAACGCAGAGGUGUGUCAAUAGUUGGCAUUGUCUGCCUUAUCAUGGCGGGCUUGCGGCCUGUCGCAAGGCAGAGAAUGUGAGCAGGCCAGGGUUUAGCUGAGACGAAGGAUAGCCUAACUCUUAACACAUCAAACCAGAGAGAAUGUGGGCAGGCUUUGAGCUGAGACGAAGGAUAGCCUAACUCUCACACAUCAAACCAGAGAGAUGUAGUUGCCAAUCCUUAGUGGACCUGAAGAGAUUGCCAAGGUACAAUAGGUCAUCGUUUUUUGAACGAUUUUAGUUUAUUUGUUUCACACAGAUUUGCAACUAGCACCUGCUAUUUUCUGUUCUCUAUUUUCUAUGUAUUCUGUACUAAGCAUUGGCAAUGAGGAAGCUUUCCUGUAUGGUUGAAUAGUUGGCUGCUUCUGUAGCUUUGUUGAUGUCAGUUUUCUUAGAGAAGCCAACUCUCUCUGGUGGAGUUUUCUAUAAUACACACACAAAUUAAGCCUGUAAGGACUAGAAUAACGUCAACCACUGUUUUCACACUACAUAGAGAGGGGGAAGUAAUUGUCCCCGGGCCAAAAGUAAGAGAAAGAGGAAAAUAUGUGAUUAGAAGAUAACAGAAAAGGAGAUCCUCAUCGAGGUUUUAUUGCAGAAGAAGAAAGAAAGAGAAUACAGGAAGUGAGAAUUCUGGUGGUGGGUGGUAGCGAGAUGAAGACUGAGGCUGUCAAUACAGGAAGGGGACGUUAAACGUGCCACUGAGCUGAGAGAAGCCAAAACAAACGGUUAAGACCAAGACAUCACGAGCGUCGGCAUGAAGACGGACAGACAGAACGGAGAGGCCAGGAAGUUUGAUGCAAACUUCAAGGGACCGAUCCACAACAGGGGUUGCACCGAUGUCCUCUGCUGUAUCCUCUUCAUCCUCUUCCUGUUCGGAUACUUCGCCGUGGGGCUCCUGGCCUGGUCCCAGGGCGACCCCAGGAAGGUGAUCUACCCCACGGACAGCAGGGGGCAGUUCUGUGGGCAGGCCGGGACUCCCAUGGAGAAGAAGCCUCUGCUGUUCUACUUCAACAUCCUGAAGUGUGCCAGCCCCCUGGUGCUCCUGGAGCUCCAGUGUCCCACCACACAGAUAUGUGUGGAAACGUGUCCCAAGGAGCACCUCACCCUGCUCACAGCCAAGCUGAGCUUGGACAGAAAGAAGCAAGACUAUUACAGGAGUUACUGUAAGGAAGGAACCAACUUCACCAAGAUGAGCGCUCCGGAUAUCCUCAGCCAGGGACUCUGUCCAGCCAUGCUCAUCCCCAGCCAAGCCUUCACCCACCGCUGUCUCCCCGCCCUGGGCACCCUGAAAGGCGUGGUGGUGGUGGGGAACGAGACCUCCCUGGCGGACAACGCCGGAGACCAGGUCAACGCCACGCAGCUAUUGGACGCCGCCAAGAAGUCCAACCUGGUGGUGGAGGCGCGGCAGGUGGCCAUGAGGAUCUUUGAGGACUACACCGUCUCCUGGUACUGGAUCCUGCUCGGCCUGGUGAUAGCGAUGGUGGUCAGCUUCGUCUUCAUCGUGCUGCUGCGGUUCCUGGCCGGGGUGAUGAUCUGGGUCAUGAUCAUCCUGGUCAUCCUGGUCAUCGGCUACGGGAUCUUCCACUGCUACUGGGAGUUCGCCAGUCUGAAGGGAGUGGCUGGAGCCGACGUCACCAUCAAGGACCUGGGCCUGCAGACGGACUUCUCCAUCUACCUGCAGAUCAGACAGACCUGGCUGGCCUUCAUGAUCAUCCUGGCCAUCGUGGAGGUGGUCAUCAUCCUGCUCCUCAUCUUCCUGAGGAAGAGGAUCCUCAUCGCCAUCGCGCUGAUCAAGGAGGCCAGCAGGGCUGUGGGCCAUGUGAUGUCCUCUCUCUUCUACCCACUGCUGACCUUCUUUUUGCUGGCCAUGGUGAUCGCCUACUGGGCCGUCACCGCUGUCUUCCUGUCCACGUCCAAUGAGCAGGUGUACAAGGUGUUCAACAUCAGCGCGGGGGAGUUCACCAGGAACAGCUGUGUCCCCGAGUCCUUCAGCCCCAACAACUUCUCGGCCGGCACCCUGGACACCGAGUGCCGCUUCGCGUUCUACGGCGGCGAGACGCUCUACCACAAGUACCUGAUCGUGCUGCAGUUCUACAACCUCUUCCUCUUCUUCUGGUGCGCCAACUUCGUGACGGCGCUGGGGCAGGUGACGCUGGCCGGGGCCUUCGCCUCGUACUACUGGGCCUUCAAGAAGCCCGAACACAUCCCCGCCUACCCCAUCUUCGCCUCUCUGGGCCGAGCCCUCAGGUUCCACACGGGCUCCCUGGCGUUCGGCUCUCUGAUCCUGUCCCUGGUGCAGAUCGUCAGGGUCCUGUUGGAGUACCUCGACCACAAGCUGAAAGGCGCGCAGAACCGGUGUGCCAAGUUCAUCCUGAGCUGCAUGAAGUGCUGCUUCUGGUGCCUGGAGAAGUUCAUCAAGUUCAUCAACAGGAACGCCUACAUCAUGAUCGCCAUCUACGGUAAAAGCUUCUGCCCCUCAGCGAAGGACGCCUUCUUCCUCCUCAUGAGGAACGUCAUCCGGGUGGCCGUGCUGGACAAGGUGACAGACUUCCUCCUCUUCCUGGGGAAGCUGCUGAUCGUUGGCAUCGUGGGGAUUUGCUCCUUCUUCUUCUUCUCUGGAAGGAUCAAAGCUGUGGAGGAGACCGCUCCGUCUCUCAACUACUACUGGGUCCCCAUACUGACGUUGGUGGUGGGCUCCUACCUCAUCGCCCACGGGUUCUUCAGCGUGUACGCCAUGUGUGUGGACACCCUCUUCCUCUGCUUCUGUGAGGACCUGGAGCGCAACGACGGGACGGCGGAGCGCCCGUACCUAAUGUCCAACAACCUGCUCAGCAUCCUGAAGAAGAGCAACGACACCACCAAGACUGUGGACUAGGGUGUGUGUGUGUGUGUGUGUGUGUGUGUGUGUGUGUGUGUGUGUGUGUGUGUGUGUGUGUGUGUGUGUGUGUGUGUGUGUGUGUGUGUGUGUGUGUGUGUGAGAAUGAGAGAGUAGGGUUGCUCGAUUAUGGAGAAAAUCAUAAUCACGAUUAUUUUGGUCAAUAUUGAAAUCACGAUUAUUCAAACGAUUAUUUUUUUGAGUUUGAAAACAUGAUGUAUUUAUCCAGCAUGUUUCUCUCAAAAACACUUUGUAACUGAUAACUUUGAAAUUUCAACUUAAAAAAAUACACACUGGUACAAAAGAAAAUUUUCAAAUCCAAAAUAAUGUACAGAUAUGUUACCAGUUGUAACAUAUCUGUACUUAAAAAAAAAUAAUAAUAAUUGUGAUUGUUUGACGCUAAAAUCGAAAUCGAGAUCGAAAUUAAAUUGAUCGUCCAGCCCUAUAAGAGAGUGUGUUUGUGUGAGUAAGAGUCUGUGUGUGGUUAGUAUGCAUGUUUAUAUACACGUACAAACCAGGACAAAUGUAAAGAUCUGAGAAGAAUGAUGUAUAUACGGUCAUAUUUUUGCAAUGCUUUAAAUCAAAAUGGGUUAUAGUAUCUUACAAAGUAUUACAGCAAUACCUAACAUCGCUCUGAAGUAAAUGACGUGUUAUUUUGUCUGAUUUUGAUGUUUUUUGAAAGCCUUUGAAAAGUAUUUACCCUUUGAAUAGACUGUUGAGGAAGAGUUAUGAAAUGGAAAUGUUACACGUUAUAAACCUGUGAAAUUAAUAUUUCUUCAUGCUAAUGUUAUGAAACUUACACCGAAAUGUCUUAAAGUCUUGAGCUGUUGUAGACAACAUUGUCUGCAACAGCAUCGUGCGUUUGUGUUUUCGGCAAAUGAACAAGUUACUCUUUGGCCUUUGUUUACCGAGCUAAAGGAAAGAAAGUAAACUAAGAUGAUAAAGUAUCACAGCUCUGUCAGACGUAUUUCUUAAUCUGGAACCAAAGUUGUUUGUGUGUUAAUAUUUUUUUAAAUUUUAUGAUAAUAAAAGGUUGAU